AUGCAAAUAAUAUCACUUUCUAGUGCUUGUGCUGAUGAGUCUACUGAUGAAGACGAACAGACUUCGCAAGUUCGUUUAUCAAUUAAAGGACAAAAACAACUUGCUGAUAAACGUGUUAAACGGAGAACUACUUUUAAGCGAAUACAACGUUCAGCUAAAAUGGAAAUAAUUAAAUAUUCAUUUAAGAGUACAAAAUUAUGUUUUCUCUUUGUGUGUGAAACAACAAAAUGUGAAGAAUAUCGAAUUAUAUUCAACUAUGGUGAUGAUCUUCGACAAGAUCAUCUUACAACUUAUUACUUUGAUGAAUCUAAUGUGGCUGAAGGUAGUAUUGACAUUGAUUCAGGUGUUCGUGAAGUUAAUGUUUAUGUUGAUCAAGGUGCUCAUGAAAUUCAUGCUAAUGCUAAUCAAAGUGUAAAUUCACGACGACCAUAUCAUUUUAUAAUACCUCGCAAUUGGACUAGUCGAAAAGUGUGA